AUGGAAAGAUUGCAACAAAUUGCCGCACAAGCAACCUCUUCAGCUGCCGCUCCACCUUUACCAGCUCAUCCUUUAGAUCCACUUAGCGUUCAGGAAAUCGCUGCUGUCGCUGGUGUCAUCAAAUCUAAAUACAAGGGUAAGAACAUUGUAUUCAACACUGUUACUUUAAAGGAACCAGUCAAGAAGGCAUACUACAACUGGAAGGAACAAAAUGGUCCAUUUCCAGCAAGAUUAGCCUACUUUGUUAUCAUCGAGGAAGGUUUUAACGGAGUGCACGAAGGUGUGGUUGACAUUCCUGCCUUACUGUUACUCGAAUUAAGAAAGUCUGACUCUCUUCAACCAAUUUUGACCGCUGCUGAUCUUCAAAACACCGAAGAAAUUGUGAGAACUGACCCAGCCGUCAUUGAACAAUGUAUCUUAUCGGGCGUUCCAGCCGAUGACAUGAAAAACAUCUACUGUGAUGCUUGGACUAUUGGUUACGAUGAAAGAUGGGGUGCUUCCAAGAGAUUGCAACAAGCUUUAGUGUACUGGAGAUCCGACGAAGAUGACUCUCACUACUCUCAUCCUUUGGAUUUCUGUCCAAUCGUUGACAUGAACGAAGGUAAAGUUAUCUUUAUUGAUAUUCCAAACAGAAGAAGAAAGGUUUCUAAACAUAAGCACUCCAGUUUUCACCCAAUCCACAUUAAAGAAAAGUUUGGAACCAAAGAAAACCCAUCUGGUUACAGAAACGAUUCUAAGCCAAUCAACGUUACUCAACCAGAGGGUGUUUCAUUUGACAUGGAUGGACAUAUCAUGAAGUGGUCCAAUUUCCAAUUCCACAUUGGUUUCAACUACAGAGAAGGUAUCGUUUUAAGUGAUAUUACUUAUAAUGACCACGGUAAUGUCAGACCUAUGUUCCACAGAAUUUCUUUAUCCGAAAUGAUUGUUCCAUACGGUAGUCCAGAGUUCCCACACCAGAGAAAACACGCAUUGGAUAUUGGUGAAUACGGUGCUGGUAAUUGUACUAAUCCAUUAUCUCUCGGAUGUGACUGUAAGGGUGUCAUUCACUACAUGGACGCUCAUUUUCCAGAUAAGACUGGUACUCCUGUCACCGUGAAGAAUGCCGUUUGUAUUCAUGAAGAAGACGAUGGAUUAUUAUUCAAGCAUUCUGAUUUCAGAGAUGAUUUCCAAACUACUGUUGCUACUAGAGGUAAGAAAUUGAUUGUUUCUCAAAUCUUUACUGCUGCAAACUACGAAUAUUGUUUAUACUGGAUCUUUAGACAAGAUGGUACCAUCAAGUUGGAAGUUAGAUUAACGGGUAUAUUAAAUACUUACAUCUGUGCUGAAGAUGAAUCUCCAGGUCCAUGGGGUACUCAAGUUUACCCACAAGUUAAUGCUCACAACCAUCAACAUCUUUUCUCUUUAAGAAUCCAUCCAAGAAUUGAUGGUGAUAAUAACUCAGCAGCAACUAGUGAUGCUAAGUCUUCUCCAUUCCCAACUGGAUCUGCUGAAAACAUGUACGGAAAUGCCUUCUACGCUGAAAGAACUACAUUCAAGAACGUUAAAGAAUCAUUAACUAAUUUUGAAUCAGCAACAGCCAGAACAUGGGAUAUCUUCAACCCAAACAAAAUUAACAAGUACUCUGGAAAGCCAAGUUCUUAUAAAUUGGUCUCUACCUUUUGCUCUCCUUUGUUAGCACAAGAAGGCUCUUUGGUCCGUAAGAGAGCUCCAUGGGCUGCUUCUCAUACCCAAGUUGUCCCAUACCAAGAUGAAAAUGGUGGUUACGGUAGGUUGUAUCCUUCCGGAGACCAUGUAUGUCAAUGGAGUGGUGACGGUUUAAGAGGAAUGAGAAAAUGGAUUGGCGAUGGUAAGGACGCAGUUGAAAACACUGAUAUUUUAUUCUUCCAUACUUUUGGUAUUACGCAUUUCCCAGCCCCAGAAGAUUUUCCAGUUAUGCCAACUGAAAUCUUCGACCUUAUGUUAAGACCAAGACAUUUCUUUGAAGAAAACCCUUGUCUUGAUGUCAAGCCAUCUUUUGCAAGAACUACUAAGGAAGUAAAAGCAAACGUGAAGGGUGUUGACUCAUGUACUUUAGAAGUCGACAAGACAUCAAGAUUGGCAUUCUCAAAGACUUCGGCUGCUACUGAGUCUUCUUCAUGUUGCUCUAAGAAGUAA